AUGACUACCGCGACGAAGACGAGGGAAAAUAAUUCCUUCGUUCUUCGCGGAGUCAAAGAUGUCCAGUUCGAAGAGCGCCCCGUCCCGAAGCUCACCAAUCCCUACGACGUCCUCCUCCAAGUCAAUUUCACCGGCAUCUGCGGAUCCGACGUCCACUACUGGCAGCAUGGUCGGAUCGGGCAUUUCGUGGUCAAUGAUCCCAUGGUCCUUGGCCAUGAGUCCGCCGGCACUGUCGUCGAGGUCGGAUCACAUGUCAAGACUCUGAAAAAGGGCGAUCGAGUGGCCAUGGAGCCAGGCGUCCCCUGCCGGCGCUGUGUGCGGUGUAAAGAAGGCAAAUACAAUUUGUGCUUUGAUAUGGCCUUUGCCGCCACCCCGCCCUACGACGGGACCCUGGCCAAAUACUAUCUGCUCCCAGAGGACUUUUGCUACAAGCUGCCGGACAACAUGACCUUGGAGGAAGGCGCUUUGAUGGAGCCUCUCGCCGUCGCCGUGCAUAUCACCAAACAAGCCGGGGUGAAGCAAGGUGACACGGCAGUCGUAUUCGGCGCCGGGCCCGUCGGACUCUUGUGCUGCGCGGUCGCCCACACGUUGGGGGCCAAAAAGGUCAUUGCUGUGGACAUCAACAAAGAGCGGCUCGAGUUUGCGAAAUCCUUUGCGGCCACGGCCUCGUUUGAGCCGGCCAAGGUGUCGGCCGCCGAGAAUGCCCAGCGUCUCAAGGACGAAAACGACCUCGGCCAGGGUGCUGAUGUAGCCAUCGACGCGAGCGGCGCGGAACCGAGUGUGCAGACCGCCAUCCACGUGCUGCGCAUGGGCGGCCGGUAUGUUCAAGGUGGAAUGGGGCGAGAUGAGAUCACAUUCCCCAUCAUGGCCGCCUGCACCAAGGAGCUCACCGUCAAGGGCAGUUUCCGCUACGGGUCGGGUGACUACCAGAUGGCGGUGGACCUGGCCAGUAGUGGUCAGGUGGAUGUGAAGAAGUUGAUUACCCGGAAAGUCAGUUUCGAGAAUGCCGAGCAGGCGUUUGAGGACGUGAAGGCUGGAAAGGCAAUCAAGGUCUUGAUUGAGGGGCCUCGGUGA